GAACCAGAGCUUUUCAUUCUGGAAAAUGAAUUUGAUGGGAGGACAUGGGAAAGGAGAGGACAGUGACCGGAAUGAACCAGAGAAGAGAGAGAGAGUUAAUGAUGUCAGUGACAUCAGGAGAGAGAGAGAGAGACAGAGAGACAGAGAGACAGAGAGAGACAGAGAGAGACAGAGAGACAGAGAGAGACAGACAGAGAGAGAGAGAGAGAGAGAGAGAGAGACAGAGAGAGAGACAGAGAGAGACAGAGAGAGGAAAGAAAAGAAAAGAAAAGAGUGGGAUGCACACAUAAAGAGGAUGAUUCUAGUUGCGGUCCAAGUUGGUAUUUUCUUUUGCAUCACCUCAGCUGCAGUGUCUGUCUGUGACUUGGACACACAGAACUGAGAGUGUGUGUGUGUGUGUCCUCAGGCCUCCAGCAGUGUUGGCUCCAGAUGUAAACACAGAAACUACAUAUCAGCAUGGCCUCCAGGACCCCACCCAGCACCACAUCCAGGACCCCACCCAGCACCACAUCCAGGACCCCACCCAGCCACAUGGACCGCUCUGGGAGCUACUUCAAGCUGAUCGAUACGUUUGCGUUGGAGAUAGGAGAGCUCACGCAGGAGAUGGUGCAGACUUCUCCAUUGGCAGACCCACAUCAAGACCCCUUGGUCUUACAGGGGCUGGAGGGGGAGGUGAGCGGCGUGUACGUCCAGUCUCCCGCCUGCGUGGCGGCGGGGGGUGAAAGGGAUUCUGGGUACGACUCCCUGCGCCGGCGCAUGAGCGUGCUGGACAGGCUGACCCAGACGCACCCCGUGUGGCUACUGCUCGCGUUCAGCGAGGAGGAGGCGGCCCGUGUGCUGCUGCAGCAGCCGCCAGGGGUGUUUGUGGUGAGAAAGAGCUUGACACUCCAGAGGAAGGUCCUGUCUGUCAGGAUGAGCCGGGACACAGCCGGACCCCCCCUCACCCACUACCCCAUCAGAGACAGCCAGUACACGUUCUCUCUGGAGCAGUCGGGCAUCAGCUUCGCCGACCUGUUUCGUCUGGUGGCUUUCUACUGUAUCAGCAGAGAUGUCCUCCCCUUCACACUACAACUCCCAGAAGCCAUUGCGUUUGCCAAAACCCAGAAGGACCUGGAGGAGGUGGCCCAGUUAGGUGCAGGUUUCUGGGACUCUGCCCUGGGCAGCCAGCGCCGCUCUUCCUCCCCUCCCCCCCCCCGCCCUCUGAGCCGGACUCUCAGCCCCCAGAGAGGCCAGAGAGACGGGCGGGAGGCACCCAGACCGAGCGGCCCCCGUCACGACAGUGCCCCCCCUACCCUCCGCUCCCGCCCUCUUCCCCCCUCCUCGCCCUCCCGCCGGGAGAGGAGCCAGCCCGGCGGGGCGCUGUGCUUCGUCAACCCCCUCUUCCUCCAGACGCACCGCCGCCCGGACCCGCCUCCCCCGUCGCCCUCGCUGCCCGGCGGCGGGCGAGCCGGGGACGCCCCGACCGCGCGAGUGAAGGCGAAGUCCCGCACCCCUCCCCCGCGCCCUCCGCCCCCGCGCCUGUUCCUCCGCCGGCCCCCUCCCCCCCCCGUCCAUAGGACCGGGAGCAUGCCCGGGACCGCUGUCGCCGUCCCCCUCGCCAGACAGCCCCUCCCUGCCAGCAGCGACCGCCCCCCCCGCCAGAAGGGCCCGAUGGGCGCCAAGCACGGCGGCGUGCCGGCGAACAAAACGAGCGCGCCCAUCCCGGUCCCCCAGAACGCCCCUCCGCCUCGGCCCAAGAAGCCCGACAUCGACGCCCACCGCUGCCACAUCGCCCUCGACGACGACACAAUCGCCGAGGCGCUGUCCCGCGCCAAGCUGCCUCCGUGCCAGGCUCCGCCUCCCUUGCCCUGCCCCGCCCCCCCGGGGCCGGGGGAAGGCGCCGGGAGCCCCCCGGACAAGCCCCGGCCGGGACGCCAGGGCCUCAGCGACGAGAGCAUGUCCACCUCCUCCUCCGACUCCCUUGACUUCAGCCGGUCGCCCCGUUUCUCCCUGGGCCUGCCCCCUAGCCCCGCCCACCGCCGGCCCCGCGCCCCCCGGCGGGAAGACAGCAGCGAGGACGAGGAGGAGGACGAGGAGGAGGAGGAGGACUACGGGGUGGGUCUGGAGGACAACGACCUGGGGAGGGACAUGCGCCCGCCCUUCAAGGCCAGGAGGAGAGGCGUGGGGGCGGGGCUCAGCGGCGGCUCCUUCAUCCUCCCCCGGGCGCUCAAGGGACACUUCCGGAAGGUGAGCGGCGUGUUCAGCUCGCUGAUGACGCCGGAGAGGCGCGCCGUGAAGCGGAUAGCCGAGCUGUCCAGGGAUAAGAGCUCGUACUUCGGCUGCUUGGUCCAGGAUUACAUCAGCUUCGUCCUGGAGAACCGGGGCUGCCACACGUCGGGUCUGGACCUGCUGCAGACCCUCAGACAGUUCCUCACCCAGAUGAAGGCCUACCUGAGGCAGAGCUCCGAACUGGACCCCCCCAUCGAGUCCCUCAUACCCGAGGACCAGAUUGACCAGGUCCUAGAGAAGGCCAUGCACAAGUGUGUGUUGAAGCCUCUGAAGACGGUGGUGGAGGUGGCCCUCCAUGACUUCCAGGUGAGCAGUGGAGCCUGGCAGCAGCUCAGAGAGAACCUGGCCCUGGCCAAGGCUCGGCAGCCCGAGGACCUGGGCGUGGAGGGGGCCGUCCCUCCCGACCCGGUGGCCGUGGAGAAGAUCCGCCACAAGUUCCUGAACCUGCGGAAGAUGUACUCCCCCGAGAAGAAGGUGCUGCUGCUGCUGAGGGUCUGCAAGCUCAUCUACACCAUCAUGCAGGACAACUCAGGUAGGAUGUACGGGGCGGAUCACUUCCUGCCCAUGCUGACCUAUGUGCUGGCUCAGUGUGACAUGCCCCAGCUGGACACCGAGAUCCUCUACAUGAUGGAGCUUCUGGAUCCUUCUCUCCUGCACGGAGAGGGGGGCUACUACCUGACCAGUGCGUACGGAGCCAUGGCGCUCAUAAAGAACUUCCAGGAGGAGCAGGCGGCCCGCGUGCUCAGCUCAGAGGCCAGGGACACGCUGCACCAGUGGCACCGCCGCCGUACGGCCCAGCGCACAGCGCCCUCUGUAGACGACUUCCAGAACUACCUACGCGUGGCCUUGCAGGAAGUAGAUUCGGGCUGCACCGCCAAGACCCUGCAGGUUCACCCUUACUCCACCACAGAAGAAGUCUGCUCUCUUUGCGCCUACAAGUUCAAAGUCCCCGACCCCGAAAACCACGCCCUGUUUCUGGUCACCGAGGAAACGAGCCAGCAGCUGGCGCCAGACACUCACCCUCAGCGAAUCAAAGCGGAGGUCCAUAGCCGCCCCCAUGUGCAGACGUUUCACUUUGUCUACCGGAGGGUCCCCAACCUGAAUCUCUGUAUCCCUGCAAGCCAGAACAACGGAAACUGCUUAUAGAACCGAGUGGUGGGGAAUAAUUGUACCGUACCGUAUUCUUUAGAUGUUUAUGAGGGACUGCAGACAUUUGUAGUCGUAGGCCCGCUGUUUUGUCAUUUCCUAACAUUUUAAUUGAGUCAUGUUUUUUGUCCAGACUUUUAGAUUUUUGAGACUGUAUGACAGCUGGAGAGGAAUGAAACAGACUGAAGCCCAGUGGCUCAUUUGUUGGUGGUUUUGUGGUGAGCUGUGAUACUACACAUUGGCAAGUGCAGUGUAAAAAAAAAGCCUUAAAGAGGAAGUUUGUAAGGAAGUGUUGCUUUUAGCUCUUUUUUGAGAUGCGAAUGUCAAGUGUUUUGCUCAGUUCAGAACGUCUAACGAGGAUAUUGUGCCUUUCACUCUGGAAGUGGAAGUACCUGGAAGUUGUGACAUCAUAUCCUGCUUGUUCACCUCCACGGUACUUUGGCAGCAAGAGGACGCUCGAACAUUUGAACUGUGGCUCGAGAUAAAUCGGAGCAUUGUGAUCGCACUGUUGACUUGUUCACAACUGCUGAUAAGAUGUAUGGAUAUGUGGACUUUGAAGAAGAGGAAAUUGAACAUCCCAUAAAAAAACAAUAAGCAAAUGAUGAUUUGAACUGUAAAAAAAAAAGUAGGAAAUAUGAGGAAGUGCCUUUGGUGUAAAUCACUUUCCCCUUUAUAAACUUGUAUAUCACUAUAGAAAAACUAUCUGUAUACUGUAUACGUAAAUGCUGUUAUAUUGUUUUUUGCUGCAAUUGCUGGUCAACUGUAGAAAAUAUAGUGUAAAAAAUAUAUAAAUAUGGAUGGAACACCA